AUGGAAGCACUCGUAUCUGGAUAUGGAUCAGAUGAAGAAAUCACAGAAACCAAACAACUAUCUCAAUCAGAAGAACAAAAGCAUGAACAAGAAACAGAAGAAGGAGACGAUGAAGAGAUCGAUAUCAAUGGUGACGUCUUUGGGAUCAAGAACUCGAUCGCCUCAAGUGAAGCUUCAAAAUCUAAAAUCCCAAGCAUCAAAUUAGAAAAACGACAAAUCGUUUCGAUCCCAGAUGUACUUCCUUCGACUGAAGAUGAAUCAUCUUCUCUUAUUCUAAGACCAACAGAUACAGAGAUGAAUGUGAAUGUGAGAUAUUCAGAUAUGACACUUCCAAAGCAAGGACCACAAAAUCCAUUCUCAAGUAGGAAAUUAGAAAAGAUGAACACUUUAAACGGAUAUAUUGAAGAAGAAUUCAUGACUGAUGUAGAUUUUAAUCAACAACAAAGAACGUUUCAUGUAUUAAAAUACGCCAAAAACCCAUCAAUCUUAGCAUCAACAUCUGAAAACCCAUCAUUAAAUUUCGUAGGAGAUGUACAUGCGGCAUUCAAAAAUGGAGGUACACUUGCAUCUGAAAUUCGAAUUACAAAAGCCGCCCAAAAAGCUACUAAACGGAAAAGACAUGAUAAAGGAGAAUUAGGUAUAUUUGAUGAAGAUGAAGAUGAAGAAGAAGAAGUUCAACAAGAAGAUGGCACAACUGAUCCUAAGCCAAAAGCUUCAAGUUCAAAUAAAUCACGUGAAUAUAAAGGUCCUUGGGCAGGUUGGAAUGAUGAACAUAUCGAACCUGUUGGUCCAGAUGAAGAAGAAUAUGAAGCUGCUAGACGUGCUAGCUCUGCUGCCUCUGCUGCCAAGAAACAAUUUACUUCUUCUAAUCAAGCGAAACGUGAAAUUGCUUAUGGAGAAGAGAAAUCGACAUUACACGCUAAAAGCUUACACGAUUAUCAAGGUCGAACGUAUAUGCAUAUACCUACCGACCUGGAUACUGACUUAUUGACAACUGAUCCUCCAACUGAAUGUUUCGUGCCUAAACGAUGUGUACAUACCUGGGCCGGUCAUACUAAGGGUGUCUCGGCCAUUAGGCUCUUCCCUGGAAGUGGACAUUUGUUACUGAGUGCUAGUAUGGAUUCACGAGUCAAGGUAUGUGGACCAUCCAUAUCUGAGGGAUAUUGCAGAUUAUCAAUACUGACGUCCCUGAACUACGCUCAGUUAUGGGAUGUUUACCAUGAUGGAAAAUGUUUGAGAACAUUUAUGGGUCAUUCGAAAGCUGUCAGAGAUGUUACAUUUGCCAACGACGGUAAACGCUUUUUGUCUGCAGCUUACGAUCGACAGAUCAAACUAUGGGAUACAGAGACUGGACAUUGUGUACAGGCCUUCUCAAAUGGAAAGAUUCCGUACUGUGUGAAAUUUCAUCCAGAUCCAGAAAAACAACAUAUCUUCUUGGCUGGUAUGUCAGAUAAGAAGAUCAUACAGUAUGAUAUGAGAUCUGGAGACAUUACUCAAGAAUACGAUCAACAUCUUGGCCCAGUAAAUACGAUCACAUUCGUGGAUGAAAAUCGAAGAUUUGUGACUACUUCAGAUGAUAAAACGAUAAGAGCAUGGGAUUUUGAUAUUCCAGUAGUCAUCAAAUAUAUCGCAGAACCAGCUAUGCAUAGUAUGCCAGCUGUAGGAAUUCAUCCAAAUAAUAAAUGGUUAGCGAUGCAAUCAUUGGAUAAUCAAAUCUUAAUUUACUCAUCAGAUUCAUUCAAACAAAAUCGAAAAAAACGAUUCGCUGGUCAUACGAUUGCAGGAUAUGCAUGUGAAGUAGGAUUUUCACCUGAUGGACGGUUCUUAAGUUCUGGUGAUGGGAAUGGGAAUAUGGUAUUUUGGGAUUGGAAAAGUUGUCGAAUUUCAAAACGAUUGAAGUGUCAUGAUCAAGUGGUGAUUAGUCAUGCUUGGUUACCACAUGAAACUUCUAAAUUGGUGACUGCUAGUUGGGAUGGUUUGAUUAAACUUUGGGAUUGA